AUGCUCCGAGCCUCUACCUUCGCCUUUGUGUUCGUUCUCCUCUCUCAGGUGGUGUUCUCUCAAGAUACUAGCCUAAGGGAGGUAAAAGAAGCAUUCGACAACGCCAACAUCCCCGAAGAUAUCGAUCUCCCAUUCGACCCUAGGUUCCUCCUUGAAGUCUCCUUCUCCCAGACUUCAGGCGAUGAGAUCGUACUCAAGGCGGGCGUCCAGCUUCCCCGCGAUAAGACCGUCGGACCACCUUCGUUCACCAUCGUUGGACGCGGUGUCAGCGACGGGCCCUUUGUUAUUGCAGUUGUUGAUCCCGACGCUCCCACUCCGCAGAACCCGACUAGCGCUCAAGUUCGACAAUUCCUCGGAGGAAACUUCGAGGGAGACUGCGACUCAUCCCUCCUAUCUCCUGGCAUCGUCGUCCUAAAGAAUACCACAGCAGCUGUUACAAAUUGGCGUCAGCCUGCUCCUCCGGCUGGCUCCGAUGCUCACAGGUAUAUUUUUCUGGCAUUCAACCAACCGCAAGGUUUCAAUGACCAGACUGUCGUUGGCGCCACCACACCCAUCACGAUGUUCAGCAUCAAAGAAUUCAGUGAAAAGGUCGGCCUAGGAGACCCCAUUGCAGGAACGUUUAUGCUAGUGGCUCCGGAUCCUGCAUAG